AAUGGGCUUUGUAUUGGUUUAGAAGAUCCUACAUUGAAAAAAAGGAAAUGCUUGAAAAGUGUUUUUUUCUUCUUUUUUUCCUGUAAGUUUGUAUAUUGAUACGCCGACUACCGUCAUUAUACCAGAAGUAGAACUACACUUCCCAAGUUUCAAAGGAAUAACUACCCAUGUGACACGCGCGAGUUUCCUCUGAAAGAAGAACCGAAACACCGAAAUGAGCAAGCAGAAUACAUUACGAGAACAUAUAAAACCUAACAGUCAUUCGUCAUGUUCUCGAUGUUUUCAUGUUAUGUGGAGAAGCUGCAAUCUGUGCAUGUCUGUCUUUUUUGCAUUAGCGGCAUACGUGCAGAUUAAUGACCCAGAUGCAGCCAUUUGGAUGGCAGCAUAUGCCAUCCCAGCUGGUUUAUGUUUUUGGGUCAGCAUCAAACCUAUGAUUACAGAGAAUUUAAUCUGGAGAAAACUGUGUGAUCUGCACAUGUUUCUUUGUGCCACAGUUGCUGGUAUCUUGGGAUGGUCUCUGUACAAUAGUGCAACAAAGAACAUUAUCCAUGAAGAAGAGGGGAGGGAGUGUUUUGGUUUGGUAUUAAUAGCAGUAUGGCUUCUUCUUUGUCGACAUUCAGAAAAGACCGGAGUUGGUGGCUUAAGACUUUUGACUGCAGUUGCUAUCACCAUAUUUCCAUUUGUGGCUUGGCUAUACUAUUACAUUAACAAAGAACUGAGGUCCAGCUGGCCCUCGCACUGCAAAACUGCACUAUAGACCCUGGAGAAUAUCAACUGGACCAGCCUGUUCAACUGUGACUCAAUUACUCGCAUAUUAUUGAUUAAACACAUUUAAAUACAGUAUAUAAAUAUAAAUAAAACACACUUAUUUAUAGA